UUUUAGAGUCUCUAAUUGUUUAGUUUUGGAACUUGAUUUCAGAAGGAGCUGUUUUUCUCUUGCUAUCAAUGGCGGUUACAUUCUUUGAUCUGGGUUCUCUUUCUGGCGUCAAGAAGUUGGACGAGUACCUAUUGACACGUAGUUACAUAUCUGGAUACCAAGCCUCAAAGGAUGAUAUCGUUGUUCAUGCUGCUCUUUCCAAGCCUCCAUCUGCUGAUUUCGUGAAUGCCUCUCGUUGGUACCACCAUAUUGAGGCACUUUUGAGGAUUUCAGGUGUUUCUGGUGAUGGCAGUGGUGUUACCAUUGAAGGAUUUGCUCCAGUAGUUGAUGAAACUAUUGCCACUCCUCCUGCUGCAGAUUCUAAGGCUUCUGCUGCUGCUGAGGAUGAUGAUGAUGAUGAUGUUGACUUGUUCGGUGAAGAAACUGAAGAGGAGAAGAAGGCUGCAGAAGAACGUGCAGCAGCUGUUAAAACCUCUGCAAAAAAGAAAGAGUCUGGGAAAUCCUCUGUUCUGUUGGAUGUUAAACCAUGGGAUGAUGAGACUGACAUGAAGAAGCUUGAGGAGUGUGUGAGAAGUAUCCAGAUGGAAGGAUUACUCUGGGGAGCUUCCAAGCUUGUUCCUGUUGGAUAUGGGAUUAAGAAACUUCAAAUUAUGAUGACCAUUGUUGAUGAUCUUGUGUCUGUUGACACUCUUAUUGAGGAUCAACUCACUGUCGAACCAAUGAACGAGUAUAUCCAGAGUUGUGACAUUGCUGCCUUCAACAAAAUAUAAAUGAUAAUGCUGUUCUAUCUGUUGUUAUUGGGGAAGGAGAAUGAAGAGUCUUUUUUUUUAUCCAAUUUCAUACCGUUUUCUGUUGACCAUUUUCUUCAAGACUGAUAUUUUAAGUUAAGGUGUGAGCUAUGGACCUUCAUGUAAUUUCAUGGCAGUUUUAUGGUUUUGAUUCAUCAUUUUUCAUGUUUUCAAAUGAUCAGAGUUUCAAAUUUAUUAAUGUGUACUCUUAACCAUAAAUGUCUAAAAAAUAAUGUUUUUUUUU